AUGCCCAGCAACUCCACCCCGCCAACUACGUUCCAGAAAAGAUUCAUCUGCUCCUUCUGCGCAAAAGGCUUCUCUAGGGCAGAACACAAGAUUAGACACGAAAGAUCACACACGGGCUUGAAACCAUACAAGUGUAAAGUGUGCACUCACUGCUUUGUAAGAAGCGAUUUAGCACUAAGGCAUAUCAAGACCGUCCAUAAGAAGGAAAUUUUACAGAGAGAGGAAAUUGAAGCGGAAGCGGAAACGGAAAAUGCAACGGCAACGCGUUCACUCGGCACUACGGGGAAAGAAUCUAAUGUGCCAUUGGAUAAUAAUGUUAAACGCAGAUAUUUGAUUGAUUCAAUUGUCAAGUCGUUGAUGCAUGUGGAUUCUACUCCUCCAAAAAUGGGGAGAUUGAAUACAAAGAGAUAUUUUAAAAAUAUUUCCAACACUUCUACGCCCUCUUCCUCCUCGUCUUCCUCAUCUUCCGCGUCAUCUUCCGUGGCUCCAUCCAUAAACACAACACAACAACAACAACAAUUGAAUGAGUACCAACACGAUGAAACAAAAUUAGAUAAGGAAUUCUUAACGAAAUUAAUUCAUAGAUUUCAUUUCGAAUUCGAUAUAACAACAAUGAAAAAAUUAAUGAAAAUUGGUAUGAAAUAUUUGUCAAACCAAAAUAAUCAACUAUUUCAAAAAAUUAAUACAAUGGAUCAAUCAUCUCCAUCAUUCGUAUUGAUCCUGAUUUGUCUCGGUGCGUAUCAAUCAAACACUAAAAAUUAUGACUAUAUUUGGUUAUUAGCAUGGAAUAAUCAUAAUAAUUCACUCACUUUACAGGAUUCCAUAAUUAAUGCCACUUUAUUAAUCCAUAUCCUCUUAUUAAUGUAUCAAAAUAACGUUCAUCCAAACGAUUUGGAGAAAAAUAUUUGUACUUCAAUGACAAAUUUAUUAAACGUAUUAAAUAAAUUUGAAAACUACUUAAAGCAAUUAACAACAUUAACAUCACGCAAUUCUAUCAAUAAACUCAUGCAAAAUAAUAACAUUUGGAACAUUUUCGACAUUUGGAUUUCACUUUUGAGAUUAACAACAACAAAUAAAUUCAAUGAAGAUUCAAUUAAAAUUUAUAAUUGGUUCUUAAAUGAAAAAUUAUUAUUAACUACCACCAACAAUGAUAAUGAAAAGAAUACCUCUCCUGAAUCACAAACACUCGCCGAUAUAAUUAAUUCAAAUAAAAAAAUCAUGUUGGGAGUCUCCACUAAUUGGCCUCUCUUCACCCUCAACGUUUUAUCAGAUGCUCUUUACUAUGAAUCGAAAUUAAUAAACAUACCAUCCAUGGCAAGUAAUUCCAGUUUUGAAUCCACACAAGAAUUCCAUAUAAGUUUAAUCAACGCAAACAAAAAAUUCUCCACCUUGUCCAACAAAAAAUUACAAUAUUUACAAAAUUUAAAUAAUAUCAAAUUUAAACAUUGGAAAUAUAAAGUGUUAUUAGAUCAUUCACCAGAUAAAUUCGUACCUUUAUUGGCAGAAUACAUCAUCGAUCCACAAUCAAACGCUCAUUGGCUCCUAUGGGAAACAAUAUGGUUCGAUUUCAUUAAUAAUUUAUCUUCAUCUGAUAAUGGCGAGAAUCGCAACAACAACAUCACCACCACCAACAACAACAAUCUUUGGUAUUUGGAUGAUCCAUCAAAUUUAUUAAGAGAAGUACCAAGCGUUUACAUCGCUAAUAAUUUCGGUCUUUCAGUGCUACCCAUCCUUAUCAAUUUGGAAACAAAUUCUCAUUUGGAACAGAUUAACCCGAGAUUUAUUAAAUUAGUAUCAGAUAUAAUAAUCUUUCAAUUGAAAAUUUGUUCCCAUGAUUUAAUCAUCCCCUUCUCUUCCGCUUCAGAUCAUGUUCUAAGCUACAUGAAAAAUUCCAUCAUCCAAAUGUUAUUCUUCGUAUGGUACUCCAUCUUGAGAGAAAAAUCCGAUAAGGAUAACGUCAAUGAUAGAGAUGAAUUGAAAUGUAUUUCAUAUUUCAUAAAUAAAUACAUCAAGAACGCCAACAAGAGAUUAAACACAGAUUUGGUUCUAGAAAAUGACAUUACCAUUAUCUUAUUCCAUCCAACUUCAACGGAAUUCAAAGGGUAUCAUUUCCUUUUGAAGAACAUUUGUAAAUAUUUUACAGAUGAAAUCAUUACAAAGAGAUUAUUAUCUUCUCCAUUCUUGAAUGACCAUGUCAAGACUCAAUUGAUUGAUAUUACCUCGGGAACCAUGGAUCAAUUGAAUAGAAAAUUAAGAUAUAUGUCUAAUCCACCAAUAACCCUCAACGGCACCACCAAUACAAGAAAAUUCUCCAUCGAUGAACUUGUAAAUAAUGAUACCAAGACAAGGGAAAACUCAACAACCACUUUACCACCAUUGAAUCCCAGAAUCAACAGUGAUGGAAUCAAUUAUACAUAUUCACACACAGCCACCACAGCUCAUACUGCCAAUAUAUUGAAUGGAAGAUCCAAUAUGAGAAUAAAUUACGGAAUCCCAAUACCACAAAUCUUGAACCCAAGAAGAUUUUCAUCACCAAACGUGUUGAACAAUUCAGACGAUGACAAUAACAAGAUAAAUUCAAAUUCGUCGACAAACCCAAAUAGAAAUAAUAUCCUUUUACCACCACCACCUGGUCUAUAA